AUGCUGGCCCUGAAACAUUUGGUGUUCUCUCUAAGCGUUUCUGCGGCGUACGCCGACGUAGUGUUUCAAAGUUGGAAGAAACCGCCGGACAACAAUCCUGACCUGAACAGAGAAAACCUUGGUGCGAUGCAGGAUGCGUGGAAGACAAUCAGGUUUACAGCGAACCAGAGCUAUUAUCUCAUUUAUAGUAAUGGGUUGGGGACCACAAGGAAUUACAGAGAUGUGAAAUGUCUCCAAGUGCAAACAAGUGACCUCAAUGACACAUUGAAGAGUGCCAAUUACACAUCAAAAUGGUACGACACAAAAUCUAAAACAGUGAAAUCAAAAACGGAAUUUGUUCAAGCUGUAAAACAAAAUGAUUAUAGUGUUGAAAAUAUUAUGCAUCUGGGUCACCCUAAGAGUAAAGCCACAUCACGAAAGGGAAUCUGCUACGAUGUCAAUUUCAACUUCUUCUGCGAUGAUGAUACAGGCUGCAUCAUAUAUCAUAUGGAAUGCUGGGGAAGAGCCUUCAUUAAUUAUUCAGACAAAUACGUGCUAUUCAGCAAUCCCUUUUGUCAUAUACUGAGAUCACUACAAAAUGAAGAGGACUAUGAAUCUUGUGAAUUCUGGUUGAGGGAAUUUUUGUUAAAAAAUGUGACCAUUCCCCAAGCCAAUACAAGAGCAGGAAGCGAAGCAACCGAGGAAAAGAAGAAGGAAUUGGACAGUUCGAGUAAAACUACGUAUUUGUAUGAUUCCUUAUUUAAGGAACUUCCGUCCAGCUGCCGACACGCAUUUCUUUUCAACUGUGGGUAUCCGACAUACCGAUUUUAUGACAAGGAAGAUUGCGACAAGAUAGUUAAAACAGAUAUGGCUGCAUCAAGUGACGUAAACGCAAGUCGUUAG